GGACCCACCUCCUCCUGGUUCCUUGUGCCACCCUUCUCUUCACUAUUGUACUUGUGAUGGCAGCAUCUGUGUUUAAUCACUGCAGGAUUUCUUGGGAGCGCUGGAGUCGUUUGGAAGUGGGCUGGGCUUGGCUGAGUAUAAAUCCAUCAGCUCCAAAUCACUUGUCACUGUGCUCCCGCCUGCCAACGCAUCCACACCCACUCUGUGUCUACACCUGCCACCGGAGGAGAGCGCAUGCAGAGAUGGCAGCAGACAGUAAAGCGUCCAUUUUCAAGGAGGUGGAUCUCAACACGAAGACCAACGGCCGCGAACACCACACCAGCGGCCUGUGCGCGGACGCGCUGGUCGUGAGGCGAGGCCAGCCGUUCACCGUGACCCUCCGACUGACGCAGGGCUUCGACCCCACCGUGCACGCGCUGACGGUGGCCGCGGAGACCGGAGAGGCUCCGUCCGAGGACCGGGGCACGCGCUCCUGCUUCGGCAUCCCGGACCGCGAGGGGCGUUCACCGUCCGCCAAGGCGGUCUGGAAGAUCGAGCUUGACGAGAGCUCGGCUGCGGCCGCGGGCGUCCUGGUGCUGGCCAUCACCCCCCACGCCAGCGCCCCCGUGGGCCGCUACACGCUCACCGUGAGGCACGGGGACGCGCAGACGGUGCUGGCCCGGCCGGCGGUGCUCUUCAACCCGUGGUGCCCAGAUGACUGGGUGUUUCUGCCCGAUGAGAGCGAGAGAGGAGAGUACGUCAUGAACGAGCAAGGAGUCAUUUUCAAGGGAAGUGGAUCCUAUAUCACGCCCGUGCUCUGGGACUUUGGACAGUUUGAGGACAACAUGGUGAACAUCUGUCUGAAGUUACUGGACGUCAACAACAAGCACCUGCAGAACGCGGCCGAGGACGAGUCCGCUCGCUGUAACCCCAUCUACGUGGGCCGCGUGGUCAGCGCCAUGAUCAACUGUGCGGACGACCGCGGCGUGUUGGAGGGGAACUGGGGGUCCUCGUUCCGGGGCGGCGUCGCUCCGUCCCAGUGGACCGGCAGCUACGCCAUCCUCAGGAAGUGGUUCUACAGCGACUGCAGCCCCGUCAAGUACGGACAGUGCUGGGUGUUCGCUGCCGUGAUGUGUUCAGUGAUGCGUCUGCUGGGCAUCCCCUGCCGGGUCGUCACCAACUACGAGUCGGCCCAUGACAACGACGGGAACCUGAUUAUCGACGAGUACCACGCCGAUUACGGCGUCAGGGAGAAGGAGAGUGCAGACAGCGUGUGGAACUAUCACGUGUGGGUGGAGGCGCAUAUGAGGCGUCCGGACCUGGCGGCAGACGGGACAUAUGACGGCUGGCAGGUUUUGGAUCCAACUCCACAGGAGAAAAGCGAGGGCGCGUACUGCUGCGGCCCAGCCUCGGUCAAAGCCAUCCUGAACGGGGACACAAACCUUAAAUAUGACGUCCCGUUCAUCUACGCCGAGGUCAACGCCGACUGUAUCGACUGGUUGGUCAAAGCCGACGGCUCCAAGGUGAAUAUUUUCUCAGACACCAAGCGAGUGGGUCAGAACAUCUCCACCAAGGCUGUGGGCAGCAACAAGAGGGUGGACAUCACGGACACCUACAAGUACCCAGAGGGGACCGACAAGGAGAGAGAAGUGUACAAACACGCCACCGCCGUGAAUGCUAACAACGAGGCGGCGAAGGACGGAGAGGUGCCUCCCGUGACCCUGACCUUUGAGGAGGUGUCCCGGCCCGUGAACGGCCAGGACGUGAGCCUGAAGCUGGUGCUGCGCAGCUCCGGCGCCGGCGCCAGGCCCGUGUCCGUCAGCAUCAGCGUCCAGGGCAUGACGUACAACGGGAGGCCAGCCGUCAACAUCAGCAGCGACGCCAAGGAGGAGACGCUGGCGCCUGGAAGAGACACGUCCAUCCCCAUCCUGGUUCCCUUCUCCACCUACAGCAAACACAUGGUGCAGUGUGACAGCAUGAAGAUUUCAGGCCUGGUCACCGACAAACAGAAGCCUGACGACAAAUACUUAGCUCAGCGCGACAUUGUGUUGGCGAACCCUCCGCUCGACAUCACCGUGUCUGGUGACAUCAGAGUGAACCGUGAAGCAAGCGUGGAAGUGGCUUUCACGAACCCGAUCAACGAGCUGCUGAAGAACUGCUCUCUGACCGUCUCCGGCAGUGGACUAAUGCAGGAGCAGAGAUUUGCGCUUCCAGAUCUGCAGCCAAAGAAACGAGCGCGUGCCAAGUUCCAGAUUUCUCCCUACAAGAACGGGGAGAAGACCCUCAUCGCAAACUUUGACUGCUCCGCGUUCAGAAACAUCAAGAAAAGCUGCAGUGUCAUUGUCAAACCUUAAGUCUCAGUUUUUACCGUUUACAAGCUGUUUGUUUACUGCUUUACUCUGCAAAAUGUCACAUUACCCCAAAGUUGUUCUUAACGGGGACAUCUGGCUCUUUAGCUGCUUGAAUCUUUGCACUAACAAAUAUGGCCUUUUGUACCUUAACAGGGCUAAACGUUCGUCUUCCUUCUAGAGCGCCUCCUUGUGGUAGAGAAUGACUCCUACGUCUGAAACAUUGUACGCUCAAUAGUACUUGUGUUGCAAUAAUUUCUCCUAAAGUCCUAACAAGUAUUAAUAUUAAUAUGUUUUAUUACUAUUCUUCAGCAUAAAAAUUGUACUUUUAA